UUAACGGAUUCAGUUUUCAAAUAUAUGCAACAAUACGUUCUAGAUCUGUGGACAAGAUGUGCCACAGACAGAUUGCUAUUUGGCUAAUCCCACGAUAGAUUGAUAGUUUGCUCCGCGCAAAAUAAUUUUCGUCUGAGGCUGAGGUUUCUUCUGAGGUUUUUUUGCCUGUUUGCUCCAGCUAGCUCGCCACAGCACAAACAACACACAGAACAAACUGUCCACAUGAUAGCGAAAAAAUCUGACGUGCCGUUUUACUACAGGUUUAAGGUCAGCUCCUUAUCGACCGCGGUCAUCUAGCCAGCUACUAAUAUGAUCGUAUCUCUAUCACACACUCCACACUUUCUGGAUCUUUGCUUACUAGACAGUUGACGUCGACAACAGUGACAGACAAACCGGGCAACCUGUCAUCAUUUCGCUAAGGAAGAACGUGUUGCAGCGACCCGUUUCGCUGGUCAGUCUUCUCGCUUGGUUAGUAGAGCUUCUCGCUCGUUGUUGAACUGUGCGACGGAAGUGGCUGGCGUUUUCCGCCUGUCAGACUCCGGGUGCAGUGUGCUGGGGAAUUUCCAUCCGGUAUCAGCAAGUCCGGGCGAAAGAGCUCCUUGUGCCGAGGGAGACUGUUCAUACUUUGGUCGGUGCGCGGUCGGCGCUGUUAACUUGGGCAUCGGUGGACUAAAUCUCAUCAAACGUACCUGCGUUGUCAGGUUUUAGGUCUGCGCUGGGUGUUGUCGCUGUGAAGGAGACUCAGAGAAGUGAGGCCGACGCUUCGUUUGGGCUGGUUUAAAAUCUUACAAGGAUCAGUGUUCGGCCUCACAGUGGAUGUGCAGUGCCCGGUCGGGGGGGAGGUCGUUGUUGGCAGUGUGGGCGCAGGUGACCCGGGCUCUCCAUGAGUAGCAGCAGCGUGAGCCACCGCCCCAGCAGGGCACGCGGGGGCCGGGGUGGGGAUCCGGCUCCGGACGCAGCCUGCAGACCCACCCCCGGGGGUAGUGCCUGCGGCGGGGGAGGGGUCUGCAUUCUGAGCAAGCUGAUUCAGCUGCCUGCCCCGCCCCUCUCCCGCCACCAGCUGAAGCGGUUGGAGGAGCACCGGUACAGCAGCUCCGGCCGCUCCCUGCUGGAGCCGAUCAUGCAACGCUACUGGGAGUGGCUGGUCGGGCAGGUCCCCACGUGGAUCGCUCCCAACCUCAUCACCAUCGUGGGCCUGGUCAUCAACAUUGUCACCACCCUGGUGUUGGUCUACUACUGCCCCACUGCCACUGAACAGGCACCACUGUGGGCAUACCUGGCGUGUGCAGUGGGCCUUUUCAUCUACCAAUCAUUAGAUGCAAUCGAUGGGAAGCAGGCCCGACGCACCAACAGCAGCUCCCCACUGGGAGAGCUCUUUGACCAUGGCUGCGACUCCCUCUCCACAGUGUUUGUGGUUCUGGGCACGUGCAUCGCUGUGCAGCUCGGUACCAACCCUGACUGGAUGUUCUUCUGCUGCUUCGCUGGGAUGUUCAUGUUCUACUGUGCCCACUGGCAGACCUACGUGUCCGGCACCCUCCGCUUCGGCAUCAUUGAUGUGACAGAAGCGCAAAUCUUCAUUAUAAUCAUGUAUUUGCUGGCCGCCAUCGGAGGAUCGGCUUUUUGGCAGUCUUCGAUUCCAGUGAUUAACAUCCAGAUUAAAAUAGUGCCUGCCAUCUGCACUGUGGCGGGGGCCGUCUUCUCUUGCACAAACUACUUCCGGGUCAUAUUCACAGGAGGCGUAGGGAAAAAUGGAUCUACAAUAGCAGGAACGAGUGUCCUGACUCCAUUCUUUCAUAUCGGCUCUGUGAUAAUAUUGGCUGUUAUGAUCUACAAGAAAUCCACAGUCCAGCUCUUUGAAAAACACCCAUGUCUUUACAUUCUGGCCUUUGGCUUUGUGUCUGCCAAAAUCACUAACAAGUUAGUGGUUGCACAUAUGACAAAAAGCGAAAUGUACCUACAUGAUCUGGCCUUUCUUGGCCCAGGGCUGCUAUUUCUGGACCAGUAUUUCAACAGCUUUAUUGAUGAAUAUCUAGUCCUUUGGAUCGCUUUGGUUUUGUCCUUCUUUGAUCUGGUGCGUUACUGUGUCAGCGUCUGCAAUCAGAUCGCCUCCCACCUGCACAUCUGUGUCUUCAAAAUCAAGCCACCGACCACCCUCUCCAAUCAGCAUGGACAGAACCACCACUAGUGACUUUUCAUCUGUUUGUUGUUGUUUUUACUUUGUUGGGCAAAAUGAGUUGUGUUAUAUUUGAAUGAAUGUAAAACCAGUACAGCCAAUGUAAGAAUAUAAGAGGAAAAGAAUAAUUUAUUUCAAUCACUGUCUUGUGCAAUUCAGUUCAGUUGUGAGGCUUCUGGUCAAAAGUGAAAGAGGAAGGGUUUUUCUAUUUUGUUUUUUUUUGGUCAAAACCUGUUAUGUAGAUCUCUUUGCAGUUGGGGUUGGUGAGUUGGGGUUAGAGGGAAAAUUCCAGCCAUUGUUUGCUGUCAGUCUCCCACGUUUCAUACAGAAAUGAAACCGAAACAAGUAUUUCAGAAACAUUUUCUAGGUAGGAUAGGGUUUCAGUUCAUUUUAUAAUUUUUAUUUACAGGCAACUUUGAAGCACGUGACUGCUUUUGUUUUAUUUGUGUCAGAGCAAUAUAAGGAGUAGUGUCAGUAUUUCUUAAAAUCAUUCAGCAAUAUUGAUGUUUCAUGAGCGUUCAUUUCCACACGUGCAGCCCCCUGUAUUCUGGGUCAUUUUCUGUCUCUCCAUUUCAGUGUGCCAUUGCAGCUGUAUUUGUGUUCUGUAUGUAGACCUCUGAUCGUGGCCUGCUGGAUACCUGCUUUAUGCGGGAAUUAAUCCUUUAAGGAGAACAAAGACAAACCGUGCUGCUGACGGCUUCUCAUGUUUUGUGUUGUAUUCACUGGCACUGUUAUAAAUGCAGCUUAAUGGCCUGCCUUCUGCUGAAAAUGUUAGACAUGCAGUUACAAUGCCAUGUUUUGACCCAGGGAGGGGUUGUUGUGGUGAAAAUGACGUAUUAUUGUAGACAACAAAAAAAUGCAAAAAGGAGGUGAGGAAAGUAAUGUCUUAUCUUCUGUUUACAUACAUACAGGAUCAAUAUAGUUGAUGUUUCUGUUUGCUACUUAAACUCACUUAACACGGGUAGCUAAAAAUGUUAUGUUUCUUUGAUGUUUUUGUCUUCUUUACAUGAGAGAACCUGGACCUGUUUGACCAAUGCAUUCUCGAAUCUCAUGUAGGUAAAGGAAUACUAACCUUUUCCCAGUGCACGCGUUACGGCAGCAAUCUUGCCAAGAAUAAGCCCUUUCAAGACUAUACAGACGUCUUAAUAUGUGGUUGUACUACAUUCCUGUUUUCUUAAACAAACAUUUCCCCUGCCAUGACGUAUUGUGAAGUGAGGCUGUCACAAGUUAGUGUAGGGCAGCUCUCAGCACUUAAAACUGCCAGAUCCAGAUUUAGCACCCCUGUUUGUAGUAGAUCUUGAGUUCAGUUUGCCUGUGUUGUGUCUGUUAGAAGCCUUGGUUGGUGCCUGGUCACUGUUUAUAUCGCAUGCUCUUUGUUUUGGCAGAUUCUAGCUCUGCUUAACAACAUUCUGGCAGCUGUCUGAAAUAAUGAAAACUACGUAAAAUUUAAAAUAGUCAAAUUAUGUGGUUUGUGUUUGUAAAGAUUUUGUAUUUUUCAUUCCUGUUUGCAGCUUUCAUUGUGUUCUGUGUGCGCUUUUAUGGGUGGAUUCUCACCAUACAAUAGCUGGGCUUUGUUGGUUCAUUGUGAUUUUUAACCCUUUUAAUAGUACUGUAUUUGCAAAUAUUGAUCCCAGCUGUUACUUUGUUAUAUAAGUCUAUUACAUAGAUUGCCUGAGGUUUUUCUUUAUGUCUGUAAUUUUUUUGAUACAAUCUUCCUCAACAGAUAGUUAACGGUUGCCUUAAUACUUGAGUUGGUGUUUUUUCUUCAUUCUUGUUUGGCAUGUCCAGAUUGUUAGCAGUGAGUGUUGUCUUAACUGCCUCAACUGGGAAAGGCUAGUAUUAAAUUUAGUUGGACUAUUAAUCUCAGGUGUAAUAUGAUAUGUUAACUAGAAGCAAGCCAGGUUCAGUAGACAAUCUCUCCUCCACCAAUGCAAUCUCAGACACUCCUAAGAAAGCUGCUACCUGUAUUUGGUCUGGUUUUCUCUGUUCAUAACUGUCUUUGUGAUUCAGUAUGAAUUUGGUUGUUGUGUGUUACACUCCGGCUCCAUGAUCUUUCCCUUUGGUCUGUCUGAUGAUGUGUUUGCAGCAUCUUCUGCAAGUAUUAGAGAGAGAAUGUGCAUGUAACAUUACCUAAUUGAUUUUUUCCAGCUUGGAAGAAGUAUGAUUGUUUCUGUAUCUGCUGCCAUAAGUCUUGCCAUUACUAUAUCUUAAUGCACCAAGUUAGAAAUGUACCUACCUGUCCAUUUUCCAUCUUAGAACAUGCGCUGUGAAUGUUACCGUUUGUUUCUGUAAGUGGCAUACAUAUGUUGGGGUGCAGCUGAAGAGUUCUAAUCCAGCCGUGAGUAUUUGGGAGAGGUUCAUUAAGAUUUCCUUUCACAUGUUAUUUCUCCUCAAUGUAUGUUAUAGUUUUUGUCUGCCCAAAUGUAAGCUACAGAGUAUAUAACAAGAAAUUAAAAUUGUAUUUAACAACUGGGUGCACAGUUCUAAGACACACUGCCUUUAGCUAUAUGAAUAUAACCAAAGCUGUUAAGACUUCUGCUUAGGUAUCAUCACAGUACAGUCUGAUUAAACUCACUGAAUAUCACUCAUGAAGAGAAUCAUUUCCUCAUUAACUUUGCUUUUUUUAUUUAUUCC